AAUAGGAAGACGUCAGUGGUGGCCACGCCCCGGAAGACACCUGCCCCAGGUUCUGACCCAGGGCUUGAUUAUCAAUUAAGCUAAGGUUUAAAAAUAGCAGCCCUGCAGGGGAGAAGGCUGUACCUGGGCGUCCCAGCGCGGGUUCAGUUCUGCGGCCUUCCCUUCUCGGCUUUGACCUUCUACCUUCAGGGGUGAGUUUCCUGCCAGUGGGGGGACUGGUGAGGGCCUGACUUGCCGGCAGGAGGGACCCGUUCCCCUCCAACACACCCCCCAGCCCCGCAACUAACAUUUUGUACUGAAGCUUGCACAACAGUUGCGGGUAAGGGGAGGGGUCCCUGCAUUUCCAGCUCUGGGGUGAGAGCAGAGGGGGUUUCAGUGAUGUUGAUUCUUCCCUCUGCUCUUUCUAGAAAGGCUUGUCUUACUCUUAGGGCGAAGUCCUCUUCAUAUGUGAGAUCCUGGCUAAAUGGCCCCACUGCCUUUAAGCUUCACCUGAGGGCCGCUUGCUAGUCUCUUCCCGCCUCGCCUCACCACACUGGCCGGCGGGGGCGGUGGGUUGUUGCUCUGCGAAUUGGCCCACUUCGAGGAGCCUGAUGCGCGUCAGGGUGCAUUUGUUAAAAUUUUUAAACAAGUACGUAGGUAGGCAUCAUGAGGACCCCAAAUUGUCCUAUGGGGGAAGAUGAGAAAGCAGGAUUCAGUCGAGAAAAAGACUCCGGGUCUAGCAAUUUUAAAUUUAGGUUCAAAGAGCCACACCUGUGCAGAAACGAGCCCAAGCUGGGCAGAGACCCAUCUUCCUCCUGCUCUUCUUGCCCGCGUGGCAAUUUGCACUCCCAAAGGCAACUCCUCCUCCUAGGUUCUUAGGUGCACACAAACAUAUGCAAAGACAGGUUCUAAUGGCCACCCUCCUCUCUAAAGCUGCGCGUUAGGCACUUUGUUCUGAACCUUGGAUCCGCCUCUCCCUGCCCUGACCCACCUGGGAAUUGUCCUGGUCCUCCAGGUUGUGUCCUUUCUUUUCCUAGCGGCUUUGUAUUCCAGGCGAUGCAGGUCCUGUGACGUUUCACCGGUCCCUGCCGGCCGCGGGGUUUGUCACCAGUCCCCUCCCGUGGACGGGGGUUUGUCCAGUCACCUGCUGUCCGGGCCGGCGCUGCGGCUAGAGCCUCCUGUUGCCUGGACUUCAGUGUUAGGUCAGAGGGCAACGGCCUUUGUACCGUUUUUGUUUUGGGGUUUUUUUUUGUCCUAGAGGGAAGAAUCAAAUGGCUGAAGAAGCGGCUGUUUUGUCUUCCUUCUGGUGGGGAGGCAGGAAAGACACUGUUCAGAGCCAGACCUGGGCAGGGAGGGGGAGGGGGAUUUGAACCUUUUCCUUGUGUUUUCUAGUUAUUUGUUCACCUGAGCUUCAGUUUUUAAAAUAUGUAAAAUGUGGGGAGGAUGCUGUGGGAUCACCUGUGUCAAGUGUUUAGUUCAAGGCCAGAUGCAGAGCGAGAGAGCUCGAGGCGUCCAGUAGUGUCCAGAGUAGUGGCGAUACAGCUGCCUGACAUCGUCCCUGGGGUGACUCUGGGGUGACUGCCCGUGCAUGUGGGGGGCGUCAGGGUCUAUGAGCAAGGACCAAGCUUGGUCGGCCAGCAUUGGUUCCCUGGGGAAGAUCCUUUUGUUUUGUCCCUGAGCACCUGUGCUCCACUGUGGAGCACUGGGGCUCCCCAGGCCCUUUCUGGGGCUCCCCGUUGGGAGGCCUGGAGGAGAAGGCACGUGGUCUGCCUUAACGUCCUCAAAGCUCUGGUCCCCGGCACAGUUCACAGAUGAAUGCACUUGCUGCUGGUGACAGGGCUGCUGCUACCGUACAGAGUUCUGUGUAUUCUACCUGCGUGAUUCCAUUCAUUCCUCAGAAUUACCCCGUAGGGUAGGAGAGACGAAUAGCCCCACCAGCCAGCCCCUCGGUCAUGGGGGAGCCUAGCUCCAUCCAAAGGGAACCUCGUGUUUGCCGCAUGCCUCUCGGUUCUUCCACGCUGCCCCCUCAAGGCAGGGAAGGAGCCCGUGACACGAGCAGAGUUGCCCCAUGUUCACAUUGGGCAUGAGUACUCCGUGGAGAGGUAUGGUGCCAGACUAAAGGGUGACUUGGAUUUCGUAGGACUAGAAAUGUCCUCUGUGGGUCUGGAAGGAAAAACAAACCCCUGCUACUAACCUCUCCAAACGUCUGUGUGCACUUUCGCCCGUAACACCAUCCCGGCCAACAUGUAGGAUAAAACACUGGUCCACAGCCAGUCUUUGGCAUCCUUUUGGCAACACAGUGUUCUUGGACCCUUGCAAACAGACCCCCAGCAGGGCCCAUGCCUGUAUCUGUGUCUGUUCUCUUGCUGCAGGAGCUCAGGACGAAUUGGCUGCCCGGACGCUGUUGGAACAGCCCUAGAACUGGGUGACUAGGGGACUGCACUGAUCUGAGAGCAUGAGUAGAGAGGAGGAUGAGGCAUUGUUUCGUAUACUCCGUAUUUAUGAUGAGCCAGAGGAGAUGAGCAAUGUGCCCCAAAGCUCUGAUAUUUCCUCCCAGUCCCACCAAGCACAGUCCCAACCAGAGGGGGUGUAUGGAAUGCCCCCGCAGGCCCCCAGUUUCCUGACACAGCGUGGCCUGCUUUAUCAGGAGACGAGCGCCGGCAUCCCACAGCAGUGGGUCCUCCCGACUCUGGGCAGAUCUGAACUCCAGGCCAGUGGUCUCCCCCAGGCAGAGCCAGAAGCAGCCGCAGAGCUGGCCCCCAGCUUCCUGCCAGGACCCAGGUUUGGCCAGCCUUGCCCCUCACCUCCGCCCAGGGAAGAAGUCUGGUCGUUCUUCAGGACAGUUCCGCCUGUUCCCAAUGAAGCGGUGGUCAGGCAGAGGGUCCCCCGGCGGUGCUGGAAGGUUGGCAGGCUCCUCCACGGGAAGAAAGUCUACGCCGUGGCCAUCAGCAGCUCGACUCACCACGUGUACACGUGUGGCCACGGCUACAUUAAGGUCUGGGACGAGAGUGCCCUGCAUGCCUUCAGCAAGGCCCCACAGGCCCAGCUGGACUUGCAGGACCACCAGAACUGUGUCCUGGCCUGCAAGCUGUUCCCGGACGAGCAGUGCCUCAUCACCGGGGGUCUGUCCCAGAGCCUGACCCUGUGGGAUCUGGCACCCACACCGCGCGUCAGGGCCCAGCUGGCCUCCACGGGCCCCCUGUGCUAUUCCCUGGCGCUCUCCUCCAAUGCCCAGAUCUGCUUGGCGUGUUUCAAAGGAUUUGUUGAGAUUUGGGAUUUGCAGAACCAAAUCUUGAUCAGGAAGCACGAGGUCCCUGAAUAUGGGUCCCGCUGCGUGGACAUCACAGGCAAUAAGUUCUGGACAGGAGGUGAAGACACCAGACUCUAUUCCUGGGACCUGAGGAGCUACCAGAGGUUGCAGGAGCACGAGUUACGGCAUGAGAUCCUCAGCAUUACCCACGAGCCCACUGAGGAGUGGGUGCUGGUAGGCCUGAGAACAAGCGACAUCAUAAUUCUCCACACACACCGGCCGGAGAAGUUUAAGGCAGUCUUGCAUAAAUACGUCAACCACCACAACCUCAAGUUUGCCUCCUGUGGUGAGUGGAAGCCAGGUGACCCCUCUAGGGGUCCUGUUCCUAACCCCCAAGGAUGUCUGGUCUUCUGCAGAGUCUGGGUCCAGCCUUGUUUCAGGCUCUGUUCUUCCCUCCCCAGCCCCAAGCCGGGCAGAGUGGAGACCCAGGUGUCCGGUUCCCUGCUGCUGUCACCUCUGCACCUGCUUCUCCACUGCUGCCUCUCCCCCCAUCUCCUGGCCUCCUACCUGUCUUCUGUCCCCAUCCGUCUGCUCUCCGACUCUCCCUGUAACGGUGCCUUCCUACACAGAACAGCAGCCUGGAGACCAGGGCCAGCAGAAAAGGCAUGAAGCCCCAUGAAAUUGUCCUUUUGUGCAGUGAUAUUGAGCCCCGUCCCGUGUGGGGCUGGAGGGAAGGGCCAGAUGAGGGAAUGGUUUGGCUCUUGUCUCUGGUUUUUCUAGAUGGGCACAGUGGGCCAGAGGAAGAGCUUCUCUCUGCUCAGUCAUCUGGGGGAGGGACCUGGGCCCGGAAUGCAAGCUUGGUCUCUGGCUUCUUCACCUGCCUUUCCUUCGCCAGGGAGCUACUUUGUGACCGCGAUCGACGAGUCGAUCCACUGCAUAGCCGCACCUUCUCUACAAAGGUUGU